GCGUGCCCAGCUGCGCACAGGCUUGCGCCUCCUGUGCCCAACAGCACUGUGCAGAGGGCCAGAGAGCAAGGCACGUACCCAGAAACAGGUGGAUGGAGGGGGUCUGAAUGGAGUGAUGGUAGACGCCAGGAGAGAUACAUGGCCAGCUCCCAAGAGGCGCAGAAACAGCUUGGCGUUGGGUGCUCCAGCACAGACCUCCGACUUCCCGUUUCUCGCCAGCGCAAACUGAUUUUUCCUCUCUGUUUUUUGAGUUGCUUUGGUGGUAGCCACUUGGUCCCCUCUUCUUUUGCCCUCCACGAUGGUGAGGUGGUUUCACCGUGACCUGAGCGGGCUGGAAGCUGAAGCCUUACUGAAGGGACGAGGUGUCCAUGGAAGCUUUCUGGCCAGACCCAGUCGGAAGAAUCAAGGGGAUUUUUCUCUUUCAGUUCGGGUUGGUGACCAGGUAACCCACAUCCGCAUCCAGAAUACUGGGGAUUUCUAUGACCUGUAUGGAGGGGAGAAGUUUGCCACCUUGUCAGAACUGGUGGAGUAUUACACGCAGCAACAGGGCUCGCUGCAGGACAAAGAUGGAACCAUCAUCGACUUGCGAUACCCGCUCAACUGUUCCGACCCCACUACAGAGAGGUGGUACCAUGGGCAUCUGUCAGGCUCUGCAGCUGAGUCACUUCUCCAGGCCAAAGCCACCCCUUGGACCUUCUUGGUGCGGGAGAGCCUCAGCAAACCUGGGGAUUUUGUCUUGUCUGUUCUCACUGAUCAGCUUAAACCUGGGCCUGAUACUCCACCAGCUGGGGCAACCAGUGCCUCUGGGGCCCGGCUCAAAGUCACGCACAUCAAGAUCAUGUGUGAGAAUGGACGCUACACAGUUGGAGGUGCUGAAAUGUUUGACACCUUGGCAGAUCUGGUGGAGCACUUCAAGAAGACUGGAAUUGAGGAGGUGUCUGGCUCCUUUGUGUACUUGAAGCAGCCCUACUACGCUACGAGGGUGAAUGCUGCUGACAUUGAGAAUAGAGUGCAGGAACUGAACAAGAAGAGUCUAUCUGAGGACACAUCCAAGGCUGGAUUCUGGGAAGAAUUUGACAGUCUGCAAAAACAGGAAGCUAAGCACCUGUUUGACCGUCAUGAGGGUCAGAGACCUGAAAACAAGAGCAAGAACCGAUACAAGAACAUCUUGCCCUUUGAUCACUCCAGAGUCAUCCUCCAGGGAAGGGACCCACAUAUCCCUGGAUCUGACUAUAUCAAUGCCAACUAUGUCAAGAACAACCUGAUCAGCCCAGAUGAGUGCACCAAGACCUACAUUGCGAGCCAGGGUUGCCUGGAUGCCACAGUCAAUGACUUCUGGCAAAUGGUGUGGCAGGAGAACACAUGCAUUAUUGUGAUGACCACACGGGAGGUAGAAAAAGGGCGGAACAAAUGUGUCCCUUACUGGCCAGAGGUGGGCAGCACGAAGGAAUACGGUCCCUACCUUGUGGAGAACGCUGGGGAGCAUGAUGCAUUGGAGUACAAACUCCGGCACCUCUGUGUGUCUCCGAUGGAUGACGAUAAGGCUGUGCGUGAGAUCUGGCACUACCAGUACCUGAGCUGGCCUGACCACGGUGUACCCAGCGAGCCAGGAGGAGUGCUCAGCUUCCUCGACCAAAUAAACCAGAAGCAGGAGAGCAUCCCAGAUGCAGGGCCUAUUUUGGUGCAUUGCAGUGCUGGGAUUGGCCGCACUGGGACUAUCAUCGUCAUUGAUAUGAUAGUGGAAACAAUCUCCACCAAGGGGCUGGACUGUGACAUUGACAUCCAGAAGACUAUCCAGAUGGUGAGGGCCCAACGCUCAGGGAUGGUGCAGACGGAAGCCCAGUACAAGUUCAUCUACAUGGCCAUAUGCCAGUUCAUAGAGACGACCAAGAAAAAGCUGGAAGUUAUCCAGUCUCAGAAAGGCAAGCCGAACGAGUCUGAGUAUGGGAACAUUGCCUACCCCCCUGCAGCGAGGAAUGUGCACGCCAAGGCUUCACGAAAAUCCUCCAAGCAGAAAGAGGAGUCAAUGGUUUAUGAGAAUUUGGGGAAAAAGGAGGAGAAGGUGCGGAAACAGCGCUCCUCAGAGAAGAAGCUGAAAGGCUCACUAAAGAAAAAAUAAGCAUACAUUGCAGGUAGCCCCAUGGGGUUUUGAACCUGGAGCUCAUGUCCAGGCUGGCCUGCCUCGCAUUCCUUGCUCUUGGACUGGGACUAGGCCUUCCCCUUUUCUUCCGUGCCACUUUGCAGUGCCCUGAACCAGACUGCUUUCGAGGUCAGCUGACUGACUUCAUUGUCCUUUGCCUGUGCUGCUCCUUCAUCAUUCAUUAACAGGAAAAAAUCACACCCCUUCUUUCCCUUGCUCUCUGAGCACUGGGGCCCAAACUCACCUCUGCUGUGUCAGCUUCAGUGGACUUCUUGAGGAAGAGCUAAGGAAGCUCUUUACAGGAGCUACAUCUCUGCCCACUGCUGCAAGUUAGAGUUUAGCCUGUUAGUGUUCCCUGAAGCCUCAUCUUUUAAAAUCUGGAGGUUUUGGCCUGUUCAAGCUCAGCUCCUCUGUAAUUCAACAGGAAACUUCCUCUUGCCUUAAUACCAACCCUCUGCUCUAUGAUCCCUUUUCUACUUGAUCCUUUGAUCAGAUGCUGUAAAUAUACUAGAAUUUGAUGUGUGGCCAUGUUUUCUCCUUUGUUUGUAAAUAAAUGUGUAUUUGUUU